AUGUCAACAAGAACUGAAAGAGCUUGUAUGCUUUGUGGAAUAAUAAAACCAUACCUGACAUUUAGAAAGGAUGGAUGUAUCAAUUGUGAAAGUCUUUUACAUUUUCAAGAAAAUGAUGAAAAUAUAAGUGAAUGUACAUCACCAUCAUUCGAAGGUUUAGUUGCAUUAGGUAGAGAAAAUAGAAAAAGCUGGGUGGCGAGAUGGUUACGAAUAGAUACUUUUGAACCUGGAUUAUAUGCUGUCAAAGUAAAUGGGAAAUUAUCACCAGAGUAUAUUGGAAAAUUAGAAGAUAAUAAUAUAAUAUAUAGACCAAGAGAUGGUUCAGCAAAUGAUUAA